AUGGAAGGAGUUUCAAGUAGAACUCGUAGCAAGAACAUUCCUCGCUCGCUUCAUGGAUCAUCAAAGCGGAUAAAGAAAGAGGAAGCUGAUAUGUCUUUUGCUGCUUCUUGUUCUAAAAAAAGAAAGCCAUUUGUGUUGCCUCCAGAUGCUCAAGUUAUUUUGAUUGAUGAUGAUGUUAAAGAAGAAGUAGAAAGUGAAGAAAAUGGUGGGUUUGUUGAUGAAAAGCCGACUGUUAUAUGUUUAGAUGAAUCCGGUGAAAGUGAUGAACAAGAUUCAGAUUCUGAUGAACGUGAGGAAAAUGAUUCAAGUGAUGAAGAUUUUGACAUAAAUGAAGUGAAUGAAGUUUCUGAGAGUGAUGAAGAUGGUUCAUCAUCUUGCUCUUCUUACGUGGAUGAAGCAAAUGCAAAGAGAGACGGUUCACAGAAAUACUUGGAUGUGGUGGGGGAGAUGGUGAGAAAGGUAAUGGAUGAUGAAACAAGUGGUAUUUCAGAGAAGAAAACGAUUAAGAAUAGUGAUGAUGAGAAAAGUGAAACUUCAAAGAGGAAGAAAAAGGUUAAGAGUAGUGAUCGUGAAAAAAGUGAAACUUCAAAGAGGAAGAAGAAGAUUAAGAGUAGUGAUGAUGAAAAAAGUGAGAUUUCAGAGAAGAAAAAGGUUAAGAGAAGUGAUGAUGAAUCGGAGCAUGAAGAUGAUGGUAGUGUAACAAAAACUACUAAGAAGGGUUUUAUUCAUCCAAUGGAGGGUUGUUCAUCUUCCUCUAAUCUGAAUGUAGCAUCACAGACAAAAAAGGAAAAAAAUGUCUCUGAUGAAGGUAUAGGUGAUGGUGAAGCAAGUGGUUGUACGAUUCAAACAGAAGAGAAAGUGAUCAAGAACAAAGGAAGAGAUUAUAAAGGUAAAGCCACCAUCCAAAAUGAGAGGAAAAAGGCAACAGUUGCUGCUAACAAAGGUUUGAAUCAGAAGGGCAAAAACACAUUUUUUACGCGCAAGGAGUUGCGUUUAUUCGAACUCCUUGCUGAAUUCUACUGGGGAAACAAGGAUAAUACAGUUAAGAAUGAUUCAACUCCGUUAGAGGUGAAGAAUGAUGAAACACGGAUACCGCCGGCUUCUGUGGAGACGCGUCCAUUGAUAUGGAGCCUUAAAAAGAAGGAAGUAGUGCAGAAGAGUAAGGAGGAGGAGGAGGCGGCUCAGUUAUGGGAUGAACUGGAGAGAUCACUGAGAGAAAUGGAAGCCGAAUCAAUGAUUGGAAAAUAUGAAACUAGUCAUGAAAAUUUGGGAAAUCCAUCCACUAGCUGUGAGCAUGACCUUCGUCUCGACGAGGAGAUCGGUGUAUACUGCAGAUUAUGCCGCUGGGUCGAAACUGAGAUUCGAUAUGUCUCCGAACAAGUAGUGGAUAAAUUUCCCAAUGAAGGUUCUAGAAAAAGAGCUUCAUUUGAUGAUGUAAAUGUGUCACAUUUUGAUGGAUCACAGUUCAAUUUUUUUGAUAAUUAUUCAGAUCAGUCAAAUUUCUUUGAUGAUCAAGGCACUGUUUGGGAGCUGAUACCUGAUGUGAAGCAGAGCUUGUAUCCUCACCAACAAGAAGGCUUUGAAUUCAUGUGGAAAAACUUGGCAGGAAGCAUUGAUCUUCACAAGUUAAAGAGCGCAGAUACUCAAAGCGAGGGUGGCUGCAUUAUCUCGCACGCUCCUGGAACUGGAAAGACUAGGCUGACUAUAGUCUUUCUCGGGACUUAUCUGAAAGUUUUCCCGAAAUGCUUGCCUGUUAUAGUUGCUCCAGCGAGUUUGUUGCUUACUUGGGAAGAGGAGUUCAGGAAAUGGGACAUUGGAGUUCCAUUUCAUAAUUUGGGCAAUCUUGAGUUAUCCGGUAAAGAGCAUGCUGAUGCCCUUAAUUUGCUUGGUCGGUCUAAUAGCGCGGAUACAACCCGGAUGGCGAAACUGAUUUCAUGGAACAAAGAAAGGAGCAUUCUAGGAAUCAGUUACAAUUUGUAUGAGAAGCUAGCCGGAGGAGGAGGAGGAUCUCACGACAAGAAAAAUGAAAAACAAGAAAUUAUGGGAAAUGUUUUGCGUGAGAAACCGGGUUUACUCGUGCUAGAUGAAGGACACACUCCGAGAAAUCAGACAAGUGGUAUUUGGAAGGUGUUGUCCAAGAGUCAAUCAAAGAAGCGAAUCAUACUUUCGGGAACUCCUUUCCAGAACAAUUUCUUGGAGCUGUAUAACACUUUGAGCUUAGUGAAGCCUUCUUUUCCUAACACAUUACCAGAUGAGCUGAAAAAGUUUUGCCAGAAGCCGGAACAGAAAAAACCGACGAAAGAAUGGAUUUGGCAACCAGAUUCAGCUUCUGAUGAUAAGAUCAAGCAGUUGAAAUUGCUUAUGGAUCCCUUAGUUCAUGUUCACAAAGGUGCGAUCCUUCAAAAGAAGCUUCCCGGGAUAAGGAAUCGUGUGCUGAGAUUGAAACCGGAUAGCUUACAAAAGCAAACGAUUGAGAGCAUUCAAAGUUCUCAGAGUAAUUUCACCUUUGAGCAUAAGCUGACAAUGGCAUCCAUUCAUCCGUCGCUUUUGCUCGAAUGCGUUCUUUUGGAAAAAGAGGAAUCCGUUCUGGACAAGGAGCAGCUAGAAAAGGUUAGAUUGGACCCCAACAGAGGUGUCAAGACAAAGUUUCUGGUGGAGUUUGUUAGACUCUGUGAUGCUGCAAAUGAGAAAGUUCUCGUGUUCAGUCAAUUCAUCAAACCAUUACGCUUAAUUAUAGACCAAUUAAGCUUGGCUUAUAAAUGGACAGAAGGGAAGGAAAUGCUGUUCAUGGAUGGAGAGGUUGAUCUUCAGGGCAGGCAAUCCAUUAUCGACAACUUCAACGGGACCAAUUGUCAAGCUAAGAUUCUACUUGCAUCUGUAAAAGCAAAUUCCGAGGGAAUCAGCUUAGUUGGAGCGUCGAGAGUUGUACUGCUGGAUGUUGUAUGGAAUCCGUCUGUGAAAAAGCAGGCUAUCAGCAGAGCGUAUCGGAUUGGACAGAAGCGGGUUGUAUACACUUACCAUCUGCUCAUUGAAGGUACUACCGAGUGCGUGAAACAUUGUAAGCAGGCGGAAAAGGAUCGAUUAUCUGAACUUGUUUUCCAAGGUAAGAAUAAUGAUAAUGAUGAGUUGGAGAAGUGUGCUGUGAAGUUUGAAGACAGUGUUCUUGAUAAAAUGAUACAUCACAAAGAGCUCAAAGACAUGUUUGUUGAGGGAGAAAGUUCAGCCAAAGGAGCGAGAUUUCGAGAUCUAUAA